AGGCUGCGAAGUGGCGUUGUCAGAGAUCUUGAGCGUCAGAAUCAGAAAAAGGAGAACAUUCGCCUGUUAGAAGAGCAGAUUGCUCUGACAAAGCAGCUCAUGGAAGAGAGAGACAAGGCGCUAAUGGAAAGACGUUCUCAGCAGUCUUAGGCAAAGACCUGGCUCCUUAGAAGUUUGCAGGUCAUUUGCGUCUCACUUCUUGCAGGACUUCUAACAAACAGAGGUAAUCUGUGAAAGACAGGUUAUUUUGUAUAAAUUAUAAUCCAGCCUCUAAAGCUUUAGGACAGACAAAAACCCAUUUCCUCUGUGAUUGGUACUUGGACCGUGGAGACUUGGCCGGUGUGGAUGGAUUGAAGCUGGGGACAUCCCUCUAGGAUGGCCAACAACGUGCACAUGAGCGGGCUGCUCAGCCGCCACGACGAUGAAGCCACCAGGACCUCCACCUCCGAGGGGCUGGAGGAGGGCGAGGUGGAAGGGGAGACUCUCCUGAUCGUGGAGUCCGAGGACCAGGCUUCCGUGGAUUUGUCGCACGACCAGAGCGGGGACUCCCUGAACAGCGACGAGGGCGAAGCGUCCUGGAUGGAGGAGAUGUCCUAUUACUGUGAGAAGUGCCAGAAGUGGAUCCCAGCAAGUCAACUGAGAGAACAGCUCAGUUACCUCAAAGGAGAUAACUUUUUCAGAUUUACUUGCUCUGAUUGCUCAGAAGAUGGGAAGGAGCAAUUUGAACGUCUGAGAUUAACAUGGCAACAAGUUGUCAUGUUGGCAAUGUACAACUUGUCUCUGGAAGGAACAGGCCGUCAGGGGUACUUCAGAUGGAAAGAAGACAUUUGUGCUUUUAUUGAGAAACACUGGAAUUUCUUAUUAGGGAACAGGAAAAAGACCUCGACAUGGUGGAGCACAGUUGCUGGCUGUCUCUCUGUGGGGAGCCCCUUGUUUUUCCGCUCGGGGGCACAGGAAUUUGGAGAGCCAGGAUGGUGGAAGCUGGUUCAUAACAAACCCCCAACACUGAAACCUGAAGGAGAGAAGCUGUCAGCAUCUGCACUGAAGGCAAAAGCAGCUUCCAAGCCCCCGCUGGAUCCCAUCAUUACUGUGGAAGGCCUUCGGAAGCGGGUGAGCCGCAAUCCUGUGGAGUCAGCCAUGGAGCUGAAGGAGAAGCGGUCCCGCACCCAGGAGGCCAAGGACAUCCGGAGAGCCCAGAAGGAAGCAGCUGGGUUCCUGGACCGCAGCACUUCCUCCACUCCCGUCAAGUUCAGCAGCCGCUGCCGCCGGCCCGACAUCGUCCUGGAGAAGGGAGAAGUGAUUGACUUCUCCUCGCUGAGCUCGUCCGACCGCACGCCCCUGACCAGCCCCUCUCCGUCCCCGUCCCUGGAUUUCUCUGCUCCUGGCACUCCCGCCUCGCACUCGGCCACUCCCAGCCUGCUCUCAGAAGCAGAUCUCAUCCCGGACGUCAUGCCGCCACAGGCGCUCUUCCAUGAUGAUGAGGAGAUGGAAGGAGAUGGAGUCAUAGACCCAGGAAUAGAGUAUGUGCCCCCUCCCAGUGGGACAGCUGGGGCUGGCACCAUGAUAGCAAGCAGAAAAAAAGUGAAGACAGCUGAGCAGAUCAAGCAAGAAGUGGAGAGUGAAGAAGAAAAAACAGAACGGAUGGAAGGUGACAGUGAAGAUCCUGAAGAGUCAAACACACCCUUGCAGGUGAGAGGAAGAGACAAGGGGAAGUCACAGCUGGAGAAGGAUACUAAACCCAGAGUUCCCAAGCACACCUCGGUUAGCAUCUAUGAAGAAAAGCUUCUGCUGAAGAGACUGGAAGCCUGUCCCAAUGCUUUGAGCAUGACCCCAGAGGCCCGGAGGCUGAGGCGCAAGCUGCUGGUCAGGCAGGCCAAGAGGGAAAGAGGACUCCCACUCUUUGACUUGGACCAGGUGGUGAAUGCUGCACUGCUCCUGGUUGAUGGGAUUUAUGGAGCCAAAGAAGGUGGUGUCUCCAGGUCCCCAGUAGGGCAAGCAACAUACAGAACUACUAGCCAGGACUUCAGGAUCUUGGACAGAUACCAGACAAUGCUGCCGGCCACGAAGGGAUAUCGCCAGCAGACAACCAAGUUUCUGUACCGCCUGGUAGGCUCAGAAGACCUGCUGACAGACCACAGUAUUGUCAGCCCUUACACCUCCCGUGUCCUUAAACCCUACAUCAGACGUGAUUAUGAGACAAAACCCCCAAAACUCAGGCUGCUGGCAGAAAUCCGUGCAAAUCCACACAGGAAUGAUCUCAACUGGAAGGCUGAGCCAGAAGCACCUAUUGAUUACUGUUACGUUCGCCCUAAUCACAUCCCCACUAUAAACUCCAUGUGCCACGAAUUUUUCUGGCCUGGAAUCGAUUUGUCAGAGUGCCUGCAGUAUCCAGACUUCAGUGUUGUUGUUCUUUACAAGAAAGUUAUCAUUGCCUUUGGCUUUAUGGUGCCAGAUGUGAAGUACAACGAAGCUUACAUCUCUUUUCUGUUGGUGCAUCCUGAGUGGAGAAGAGCUGGGAUUGCAACCUUCAUGAUUUACCAUCUUAUCCAGACCUGCAUGGGCAAGGACGUCACCCUUCACGUCUCUGCAAGCAACCCUGCUAUGCUGCUCUACCAGAAGUUUGGAUUUAAGACCGAGGAGUACAUUUUGGAUUUUUAUGACAAGUAUUACCCCUUGGACAGCAAGGAGUGUAAGCAUGCCUUCUUUCUCAGGCUGCGACGCUGAAUUGCUGCAGGGGUCUGGGGAGCUGGGAAAAGCCCAGUCCAUCCAAAAAACUCCCCCAGCUUUCCCAUCUCCCCCAGGUGGAGGAUGUUGGCUGCCACAGGAGAGCUGGAACACGCUGAUGUGUUUACCCCUAGGACAUUAGACGUCAGCAGUGAGAUGAUGUGUGUGGAAAAUGCAAUCCAAGAGGAUUGAUUCCUGUGCUCCAAGGGGAGAGGCCUGGAAAUGCCAACUAGGAUACGCUGAAACUACUGGAAAAUUGAAAUUUCUUAUGGGGAAUUGUCCUGCCACUGUUACUUUGGAGAGUCUCAUUAGCAAACAAAAAUACCAAGCAAAAAAAGUGUUUCUCACUUCAGAGGGGCCCCAUGGAUUUCAAGUUUUGAAACCUGUCCAAAAAAUGUUGCAGGUUUUUUGUCUCAGUUUUUGUUUAUGAGCAAAAAUGAAUACCUUAAUUUAAACCAUUCAGUGUUUCUGUGGUUUGAUUGCUUUGUUAGGAACUAUCUUGAGUCUGUGAAGGGAAAUAAGGUAUUGGUGCCUGUAGCUGGAUGUUAAUUUUAGGAAAGUUCUACACAUGCCAGAGGAGGAGUCCUGGAACCAUGUUUUAGGAAUACGGAAAAGCACGUGGAUUCCUGUUAUCCCAAGUACAAGGCUCAGAGGAGACACCUUUGUUUUGCUCCUUCCAGCUGCCUACCCAUCCCCUCCUUGCCCCGUGCUCAGUGUGGAGUUCUCGUAGCGCGCAGUGUUUUGUGUUCAGGAACGGGUUUGUGUCUCGGCAAGGCAGGGCACCACAGCUGCCAAAUCAGCUCUUUGCAAUCUCUCCACUUCUCUGCCGGUUCUUGGUUUGCAAACCGGCCCUUUGGGCACACCUCUAACCACAGAGCAGCCUCACAGGCUCCAGCAGCCACCUCCUCCUGCUACAGGCGCUCUGGCUGGAGGAAACUCAGAGCAAAAGUCAGUGGGGAUGUUUGAAAUGCAGGCUCUGAUUUGUAGAAGCAGUCCGCUCACAGUUAGGAGGGAGGAGAGGGCAGAGGUGGCCCAGAUCCAGUUCUUGGAAGCACCUAGGCUCUAAGUAUCAGUAAAGAGGAGAGCAAAGAAUAAAUGGAAAUACUCAAGAAUUAAAAAAUACAACCCAGUUUUUCUGGUAGUGGCUCUUGUCCCUUUCCACACCGUAGCAGCUUUUCUCCCUCCCUGACUCAAUGCAGAUGAACAGAAAGCUGCACUGACCGAAAGUCAGGCUGUGCAUUUUAACUGCGGAUCACAUCCACUAGGAUGGUCCUUUCAUAUCAAGCACACAGAGAGCUACACACCAAAUGUGACUUUUUUGUCCUUAAUCUACUGUGUGUACCUAUUGCCUAUCUGACUACAGCAGUAGUUGCCAUAGUGGAGUCUUCACUUUGAUAACAGAAGAGAAAGGGACACAAAAUGUGUUUUUCUGUAGCCAAUGUCCAUCAUUACCAACACAAAAACAGUGGUAGUGGGAGGGGAAAGCAGCCCAGCCAAGGGUUGUGUGCCCGAAUGCCCAUGCAUAUGUCUGCCUGUUUCAUGACUGUGAAAAUUUUCAAUGUUCUUAAUGUUAUGAGUUAGUUGGACUUUGAAAGAAAAGAAAUAUAUGUCUUUAUGAAUGGAAUUAAAGCCCUUCCCUUGGAAAAGCC